AUGGUAACUGAUAGGGCUUCAAAGAGAGAUCAUUGUCCCCAGCGUAAGGUUCAUGUUCCACCUCAAGAUGACAAGAAAAGCUGUGAAGUUGAUCGACACCAUCCAGAUGAGUCUGUCACUGAAAGUAACAUGGCUGAUGAUCCAAAUGUAGGGCAUUAUCAAGGAUCGUUCAGAGAGAGGAAACCUGCUACACAGAAAGGACGUCCCUAUUCCCUAACACAAGUUCCUGUUAGAGUUGGUGAAUCAGCUCCUGCUGCCGCCAAUACAACUGGUGAGCAUGACCGUAUUUUUUCAUCUGGUUUUAGGCAGAACAGAAACCAGAACAAUUGUUCUGGCAGAGGCCAUGAAUCUCAUGGAGAUUGGCCUUCAGUUCAUGAUAGCCGGCAACACAAUGUAACUGCAUUCCAUGAAAGGCAGUGGCAGAAUGUGCAUUAUGAAUACCUGCCAGAUGGGCAUUAUAAGAACAGCAAAACCGACAGGCUUGUAGGGUCUGGAGAGGGAUCUAAUGAUGUUGCCUCAAGAUACAGAGAGAGGAAUCAGAGCCACACAAAGCAUGGAGGAAAUUCUCACAGGCGUCAAGUAGACCUCAAGUUUCAGGCACUUGGCCCUACUUUAGUCUUGGAGUCUGGUGUUGUUUCUAAGGACACAGAGAGCCGUGCUAGAGAAUCUACUAAUAUGUCCAGAGAUUUACCCCUGGAGACACCUUGGACAUCUCAUUUGGAACAUAUUUCUCACGGUCAGUCUUCACAUGUGAAACAAGAUUCUUAUAAUGCCAGUGCCAGAAAUGCAUUCAAAUCUACUGAGGGAAGUGUCUCUAGACAUAAGCAAAUCUUAUAUAUACAAAAGCACAAUGAUCCAUCACAGAAGAAUUUGAAUGAAAAGUCAGCUCUAAUUGUCACAGGCGAAGCACAGAAAGAUCUUACUGAUGUAUCUGUUAACAAUGUUACACUGAUGGAGAGAAGAAAAAGUCAUAGAAUUAGCAAGAAUAAGCAGAGACUGGAUGAAGCUGCAGUAAUCUCUCCAAUACCGUUAGUAAUACGGGAGGAGACUAAUCCUGCAAAAGAGUACAUUGAAAAUGGGAAGUCCAAGGCUUCGUUGUCAGAUUUGGAUGGCUCAGUCUCAGCAAAGAUUGAGCUUGAUGGAGGAGUACAGGCUUCAGAGGUGCAGGCUUCACAUGAAGAAGAAGCCCAUAGCAGAGUAAGCAAACAGUGGAAACCUCAGUCUUGCGGAAUGCCACGAAGUCUACAGGCUAAUAGGAUGGUGGAUAAAUUUCAUAGCAAUGACGCUCUUAUGUGGGCUCCUGUGCAUUCACAAAGCAAAGUUGAGGGUGCAGUUGAAGCAUGUCAAAAAUCUACUCCUGAAUCUGCUACUCCAGUGAAGAUUGAUAAUCUGGUUCAGAAUAAUUCAAAAGGCAAAAGGGUUGAAAUGGAGAGAUACGUUCCAAAGCCUGUAGCUAAGGAGCUGGCACAGCAAGGAAGUAUUCAACCAGUGCCAUUUUCAGCCAGUCCUGCACCAGAAGAGGCUGCUGGUAAAGCACUACCUGAUUCAGCUAGAUCUGCAAAUCCACCACCUACCAUCUAUGCAACUGGAAUUGUUGGGUCUGGUGUAGACGUCGAGGAGGGAGAUGGCACGCAUAACAAGCAAGGAAAAGCGCAUGGAACAUGGCGACAACGGAAUUUUACAGAACCAUCGAAUGAGAAGAGUGUGCAUCAUGGACCAUCUGCUACUUCUAACCCAAGCAAGGACAUUUAA